AUGGUGAAGCGCGGGUCGUCCAGCGGGUCCUGCCGCUGCCACAUCCCGCUGUCGGGCCGUAACCCCGCGCUGAAGGAGGUGCUGGGCAUCCGUCCGCACAUCCUGGUGCUGAACAAGAUGGACCUGGCUGAUCCCCGCCGGCAGCCAGUGAUGUUGGAGCGGCUGAAGGAGCAGGGAUGCUCACAGGUGGUGUUCACAGACUGCCAGCGCGAUGUCGGUGUCAAGAAGAUCGUUCCCCUGGUUGCCCGGCUGGUGUCUGAGGGCCCACGCUACCACAGGGCCGAGAGCUCGGAGUUCAACAUCUUGGUGAUCGGCGUGCCCAACAUGGGCAAAUCCUCGCUCAUCAACUCCCUGCGGAGGCUACACCUCAAGAAGGGGAAAGCCACAAUGGUGGGGGCCGAGCCAGGCAUCACCAAGGCAGUGCUGACCAGGAUCCAGGUCUGCGAGAAGCCCCUGAUGUACCUGGUGGACACCCCUGGCGUGCUGCCCCCGAAGCUGGGGGAUGUGGAGACGGGCAUGAAGCUGGCACUGUGUGGAGCCAUCCACGACCACAUGGUGGGGGAGGACAUCAUGGCCGACUACCUGCUGUACACUCUGAACAAGCAGCAGCAGUUCGGGUACGUGCAGCGCUACGGGCUGGGCGAGCCCUGCGACCACAUCGAGUCCGUGCUGAAGCGCGUGGCCCUCGCCCAGGGCCGCACGCAGAAGGUGAAGGUGCUGACAGGCACAGGGAAUGUCAACGUGACGAUGCUCGACUACACGGCCGCCGCCUAUGAGUUCCUGCGGGACUUCCGAGCAGGACACCUGGGCAGGUUAACACUGGACUGAGACCUGUCCCGUGGGGGAGAGGCACUGCCUGCAGCCGUGUGGGCAGGGGACACCCCAGUGCCACCUCAGUAGGGAACUCUGGUGUGUGACUGAAGAGGCUCUGCCAGGGCAGCUCCUGAUUCCUGGCAAGGGGCCAGAGGGACAAGAUGCCCACGGUGGCAGCUGAGGCUGCCCUG